AGCUGGUUAGCCGUGAAUCAACUUGGACAGGUCGCGGAAGGUCACACAACUCUAUUCGUGCAGAGUGAUUCAGUACGAGUGAAUCAGUUAUUGUGCGCUACUACAGUGGACAUGAGAGGCUGGACUAUCAUCGUUCUCCUCUUCUUGGGGAUCUCUCUUCCAAGUUCAGGGGACAAUGCAAUAGAUGGCCUGAUAACAGAAUCCCUGGUGAGGGUUGGCCAAAUGCAGCAAAUUCUGCUGCCGGUGCCAGAAGACAUGCUGCAGGAAGCCUGGUUCCUCAUGGGGUCUUACAUCAUUCCCCUGGACUCGGUGACCGAGGGGUGCCGUAACCACAGCUCCUUUCUUUUCGAAAGCUUCCUCAAAAGAGAAAUGUGGGCCCUCAAAAUGGUGGACGCUGCUGGAAAACCCGGCGCCGGCAUCUUAGACGGCAACAUCAUGUUCCUGGGAAAUUAUGACGAAUGUUUAUCUGUCUCUGCUCCUGGUGGUCUUUUCCGAGGCCAACAGUGCAUCGUCGAGACCAGUGGCCUGCUGUCACCAGAUGCUGUCAGCUCCUUCACACCUAACAUGGGGGUAUUGGCUUAUACCCGCAAUGACGUGAUGUUCUCAGUCUGUGUGCCGGACUCUUGCACGGCUCAGGACGUCAAGAUCCACCUGGACGUGGCUCUCAACUCCAUCAACGUGACUGCCAUCAUGUACGACUCGAGCUGCUCUUCUGCCACCUCCCCGCCCCUGAAUCCGGCUGACUACCUCGUCAUCCUGGUACUGCUCACUAUCGUAGUUCUGGUUACGCUGAGUACUUGCUAUGACAACCUAACGUCAAAAUCAGAACAAAAUGAUCUUCUGGUCAGUUUCUCUGUCACGUCUAAUACUAGUCAGCUGUUGUCUACCAGCGACUCCCCGGACAGUCUGCCCUGCCUGCACGGACUAAGGGUCCUCGCUAUGGUUUGGAUCAUCGCAGGCCAUCGCUUCAUGCACGAAAUCCUUGUUCCUGACGUCAACGGUGUUUACAUUAUAGAGCACCUUGAUCGACUGGCCUGGAUUCCAUAUCAGUCCAUCGGCAAAACGGUGGAAAUAUUCUUCCUGCUGUCUGGAACUCUGGCAGCCUACAACUUUUUCCGAGACCGCCUCAAGGGAAAGAGGUUCCACUAUCUCAGUUUUUGCUGCCAUCGUUAUCGCAGGUUGACUCCAACAGUGUUGCUGGUGUCUAUUUUCUACGCUACCUUGCUGAUUCGUGUGGCGGACGGUCCUAUCUGGAAGAGGAUGUUUAGCAUGUACCAAGAGAACUGCCAGGAGAAUUGGUGGAUUAACUUGCUGUACAUUAGCAACUAUGUUGUUCCUUACAGCACAUGUAUGCCAUGGACAUGGUACGUCGCUGUCGACUUCCAGCUACAUGUUCUCUCUCCACUGUUGCUCCUGGUAAUCUAUAAAAAGAGGGCUCUCGGGUUUUUCCUUGCAGGCAUCGUUCUCUUGGCUUCAAACUCUUAUGCUAUGACCUACUUCUCUUGGAACGGUCUAUCGACUGGUGGAAUGGUAAAAAGGAACUUGCCGCUGGAAAGUUUCACCAUACAAUACACUCAAACCCACUUCAGGCUGAAUACGUUUAUCAUUGGUCUCUGUUUUGGGUAUCUCUUGUACAGGAUCAAACAGAAAGAGUUCAAAGUCAAGUUAUCGAAGACACAGCUGUUGACGGGGUGGGUGGUGGCGGCUCUAUUGUUCCUGGGCACGCUGUUCUCCAUGACCAUAUUCGAUGAUCCCGAGUACGUCCAGACACCAUGGCUGGACACAACUUAUCCAUGUCUGGAGCAGGCAGUCGGUUCCCCUAGCUGUCAUCUGGGUCAUCUUCGUCUGCACAAUCGGGAAGUGGGGGUAUAAUAGACAAGGUUGCUGUCGUGGAGAGCGCUGUUGCCAUUGUCAUUGUCACGCCUCAAUUAUUGUGCUUACCUCCUUCACAUGGUCGUGCUGCAAGUUCAGAUAUACAGGACCAGGUCUAGUCUCACGGUUGAUACACUGAAUAUUUGGCACCUGUUCUUCGCUGAUGUCUUCAUCGUCUACAUCCUGGCCGCUAUCCUGUACCUCGGCGUGGAAGCUCCUAUCGGCAAUGUCCUUAAUUGUUUAUUGAAAGACUCACCAAAGUCGACCGAGAAGAGUCAGAGUGCAGUUCCUACAAUCCAGAAUCCAUGAGAAGAAUACACUCCACAUCUUCAGGGAAUACCUCGUUUUAUAUUUAUAAGAUGUUUAGAAUAAUUUCACGCAAAUAUGUUGUGUUUGAAUAUGGUAAUUCUAAAAAUUCGGAACUAGUUUGUUCUGUAGUUAAAAGUCACAACUCAAAUAGAUUU